AUGGUCGCCAAAGUGUUUGUGAAAAUGCCGGACAGAAACUGCCACAAAAUUGCAGCGACUCUAAUUCAUGCAGCACUUGAGUGGAUUCUCAUACUCCUCCUCCUCCUCAACUCAUUACUCUCUCAUCUCAUACAAAAGUUCGCCAAAUACUUCGCCCUCAAACCAAUCUGCACGUGGUGCACCAGAUUCAACCACAUAUUCGACUCCAAAAAAAUUCACGCGCAACCCCACCGUAAUUACCACGUGUGCGAGGUGCACGGGAUCGAAAUCGCCAGGCUGAGCUACUGCAUGAAUCACCAAAGAUUGGCCGAAUCCAAGAACUUGUGCGGCGAUUGCUCGUCUUUUAGGCCGUCCCAUCGUGGAAACGCGAACGAAAUCGAAAUCUCGCCGUUGAUUGAUUUCUUUAUGAAUGAGGGUAUAAUAGUCCAAGAAAAAAACGAGGGGAAUGAUCUAGUAUGUUCUUGCUGUGAUCAAAUAAUCUUGAGCAGAAAUGAUCUAUACCCUCCAUUAAAGCCUUCUUAUGAUGUUCUUGAUUAUAAGAGGCAUGACAAAAAAUACGAAGAAACGAGAAGCGACGAGAAAAAGACAGAAUAUUGUAAUUUGGGUGAUUUGUUUUUGCAGAAUGAAGAAGAAUACUUAGAAUCUGAUGGCUUCAUUUGCAUAGAGUUGAUUGAUAGCAAAGCAGAAGUUGAAGUGAUAGACAGCUUCCAAGUUGAAUCGAAACAAAAAGAGGGUUCUUUAGAUGGAGGCGUAAUAACCGAGACGGAACAUUUAAAAGCUUCAUUAAAAGCUCAAGAAAAGGCUAUGAGUGAAUUAUACAAAGAACUCGAAGAAGAGAGAAAAUCCGCAGCAAUAUCGGCCAUUCAAACGAUGGCUAUGAUAAAUAAGCUCCAACAAGAGAAAUCCGACAUGCAAAUGGAGGCACUGCAUUACCAAAGAAUGAUGGAAGAACAAUCCGAAUACGAUCAAGAAGCGCUGCAGCACUUGAACGAUCUCGUUUCGAAACGAGAAAGGGAGAAGCGAGAGCUCGAAAAGGAGCUGGAAAUGUACCGCUUUGAUCUCGAUUUUGAAAACGGGCACGAGGGUAUUAUCGUAAAUACUCGUCAAGAAGAAGAAGUGGAAUGCAUCAAACGGUUGACCGUGAGCGAUAUCUCUUUAGCGGAGUUCGACGAAGAGAGAAUAUGCAUACUCGAAGAACUCAAGGUUUUGGAAGCCAAAUUGUUUUCGUCGCGAGAUGAUAAUGAUGAGAUAAAUACGGACCGAAUGUCGAAGAAACUCCUCCCACUUUUCGAUGAAGCUGAAGAUAAAAUCUUGAUCGAAGAGGGACCAAUUAGCAAUGCUUACGAUCGGCUACAAAUGUUUGAAUCCGAUAACGAGUUUGUAAAUCACUGCAUAAGAUCUACGACGAAAGGAAAUAAAGGGAUUGUUCUUCUUGAAGAAAUUCUGCAGCAUCUUCGAGAUUUGAGAUCCGUGGAAUAUUCUUUCAGAAAAUUGGCUGAGAUUCCAUUACCUUAA